CCCUUUAAUCAAUUGCAAAACUAUUAGAAUUCAUUCAAUCAAUCAGUCCAAAAACUAUAGAAAAGUAAUGAGAAGACUUGGCUAUGCCGGCCUCCUUUCCACUGUGGCCUGGCCAAUGUAUCUGUUUUGGCUGACAAAUGCCCGCCUUUCCCUUAUUCUGCGACUUCAACUUUUCUGCAGAGCUGAUUUUUCCAUCCCUAAUGACAAACACAACACCCUGGCAAAAAAGAAAACUGAGCGUGGCAAGGCAGCCGCUCCACUACUGUUGGCGGCCGGUGUGGCAAGUGGCCAUAAUCAUCUUCUUAUGGUUGAAUAUGGGACCCUUUUCUUCCUUUUCCCCAUUAUUCUUCAUAUACUGCCGCAGAGACUGCCAAAUGUCGCAGGUUCUUCAAGCAGCUUGGUGCUCUCUUAUAUCUCUGUUUUUGGAUCAGGCUGAGGACGUAUGGGAAAUGAGAUGGGGAACACUAACAGUACGUCUGAUGAGUUCCAAGGAGAAGAGGGUAGCACAAAGGUGGCUCAACAAGAUCAAGGGAAAACUGUUCCACCACCUGUAGUUUCGGUGAAUGAUCCCGGAUCAGAUGGAGCUCUUGAUCGUGUGAAUGGUGGAGAAGAGGGUAGCACAAAGCUGGUUCAACCAGCUCAAGGGAAGCCAGUUCAACAACCUGUAGUUUCGGGGAAUGAUCCGGGAUCAGAUGGUGCUCUUGAUCUUGUGAAUGGCGGUAAAGGAGAUCGUGAAGUGGAAGAGGAGAGCCAACAAGUUCGUGAUGAUAUACCAACAGCUGAAUCUCCGGAAACCAACCCGGAAUUUGAUGAUGAUGAAACAAGAAGAAGACCAGAGAGCAAUCUUCAACCAAGUAGUUUGAUCGAGGAACCGGAACAACUUAAGUCUGAUUUAGUUGAACGGCAGGAACCAGUCAAGCAAGAGGAAGCAGAGAAGUUGACAUUAACUUCCAUUGCUGAAUCUCCAAACCCAGAGGCUGAUGAAACAAGAAGCAAAGACAGUGAACUUCAACUCCAUAGUUUGCCUGAGGAAUUGGAACAGCAGAAUUUGGAUUUGGUUGCAGAGCAGGAAUCGUUCAAGCAAGAGGCGACAGAGAUGCUGAUCUCCACUUCUACUGCUGAAUCUCUGGAAACCAGCCCGGGAUUUGAUGACACAAGAAGCAAAUAUAACAAUCUUCAAUCAGAUGAUUUGGUAGAGGAAACAGAAGAACUCAGCCCUGAUUUGGCUCAAGAGGAGGCAGAGAUACCAAACCCUACUACUUCCACUGAUGUGUCUUCACAUGAGGAAGACCAUCUGGAUUCCUAUGAACUGAUUGAAUCAGUACCAAGU